AUGCUGGGAGUCAUUGAGUGGCUGUCACUAGUUCUGUCGGUCACUCAGUUCAUUGUGGGGCUGCUUGCCAAUGGUUUCAUUGGGUUGGUCAACAGCAGCAACUGGUUCAAGAGCAAGAGCAUUUCUUUGUCUGAUUUCCUCAUCACCAACCUGGCCUUUUCCAGGGUCAUUCUGCUAUGGAUUUUCUUGACCGAUGGUCUUUUAAUAGUGUUCUUUUACAGGGCACAUGACUCGGGGAUAAUGAUGAAAGUUAUUGAUAUUUUCUGGACAUUUACAAACCAUUUGAGCAUUUGGCUUGCCACCUGUCUUGGUGUCCUCUACUGCCUGAAAAUUGCCAGUUUCUCCCACGCCACAUUCCUCUGGCUCAAGUGGAGAGUGUCCAGGGUGGUGGUGUGGAUGCUCCUGGGUGCACUGCUCUUUGCCGGCAGCAGUACCGUGUCUCUGGUCAAUGAAUUCAAGAUACAUUCUGUCCUCGAAGAAGCUGGUGACUCAGAGAACGCGACUGAACUCACUAGGAAGAAGAAAGGAGAAUAUGAACUGAUGCACGUUCUUAUGGCUCUUUGGUACUCCCCUCCUUUGAUUCUGUCCCUGGCCUCCUACGUUUUGCUCAUUCUCUCUCUGGGGAGGCACACACGACAGAUGCAGCAAAAUGGUGUCAGCCCCAGAGACCAAAGCACUGAGGCCCACAAGAAGGCCAUCAGGAUCAUCCUCUCCUUCCUCUUCCUUUUUCUACUCUACUUUCUUGCCUUUUUAAUUUUAUCCUCCAGUGAUUUCUUACCAGGAACUAGGGUGGUUAAGAUGAUUGGUGAAGUGAUCACGAUGUCUUAUCCUACUGUCCACUCCUGUAUUCUCAUUCUAGGGAACAACAAGCUGAAGCAGGCAUUUAUGGGGAUGCUCCGGUGUAAGUCUUGUCCGCUGAAGCCUGGAUCUAAGGGAUUCUGUUUCCCUUAG